UCGAGCAAAGUUUCUUGCAAUGUUCCGAAAUACUUAUCAGGGCGGGCUUUUAUCCAUCUUGUACAGCUGCGGAUCGUCUCCUCUGGAAUUAUGGGACAUGCAUGUGAAAAAUGGAUACAUACGAAGGAUCACAGACGAGGAAAUAAAAUCGUUGGCGUUAGAAAUAGCCGGCACUAAUGUAGCCACGACCUAUAUUUAUUGUCCACCGGAUCCGAAGAAAGCGUUGGGUAUUAAGCUACCCUUCCUUGUCAUCAUCAUCAAGAAUAUGAAGAAAUAUUUCACAUUCGAGAUAACAAUAUUGGACGAUAAGGAUAUGCACAGGAGAUUCCGCGUCAGCAAUUUCCAGAGCACAACACGCGUUCGUCCAUUUUGCACGUCCAUGCCCAUCGGGCUUUCAGGAGGAUGGAAUCAGAUUCAAUUUAAUCUAUGCGAUUUCACACGACGAGCCUACGGCACGAAUUAUAUCGAGACUACCAGAAUGCAGAUCCAUGCUAAUUGCAGGAUCAGACGAGUUUAUUUCGCUGAUAGACUUUAUUCCGAGGAUGAGAUAGCGGAGGAUUUCAAACUCUUUUUCCCGAUACAUCGUAAAAAAUGUGUUAGAGAAGAAAGAGUACCAAAGAAACCUAGGGUACCAUCUAUCAUCACGAAGGAACCGAUUAUCGAAACGGAAGUGAAAGUGGAGGAAAUGAUUGAAUCACCAAUAAUUUCAGAAGAACCUUUAGUUAAAGAUUUAAUCGAGGAAGCAGUACCUGAAGAGAUUGAAGAAAUAAUUACUGAAAAAGACGAAAAAGUAAUGAAAAGAGAUGAAGAGAAAGAAGAAGAGGAAGAAGAAAGAGAAAAGGAAAAAGAAGAAGAGAUCGAAGAAGAGGAAGCUGAAGUGAAAGAAGAGGAAGUUGAAGUGAAAGAAGAGGAAGCUGAAGUGAAAGAAGAGGAAGCUGAAGUGAAAGAAGAGGAAGCUGAAAUUAAAAAAGAGGAAGCUGAAGAAGCUGAAAUUUUUGAUGAAGAAGAACAAACUGAAUUAACAGAUACUAUUUACGAAGAUGAAGAUGAGAAAAGAGCUAUAGAUACAUCGAGAUUGGAACAAGAUUACACGGCAGACGAGAUGGAAGAUUAAAUGAGAAAUAUAUACGAUUAUACAAUAAAUAUUUGUCUUGUACAAUUUUAUUUUAUAUUGCU